ACUCCCUCCCAGCUAAUCACCCGCCAGCCUGUAAACCCCAAUGUUCUCCUCUUAAACCGCCGCUCCUUCUCGACUUCCACUCUUCUUCUCUAACGCUGACUCACUCCAACCCUAACCUUCUCUCCCUAAUUUCGGUGAAUCUACAGCCGAGAAACAGAGAGAAAAAAGAGGGAGAGGAGGAGGAAGGCAAGAGAGAUGGACCCGUGUCCGUUCGUCCGGGUCCUCGUUGGAAACUUGGCGCUCAAGAUUCCGGUGAAGGCGCGGCCGGCGAGAGCCGGCGUCCACCCAUCAACCUCGCCGUGCUUCUGCAAGAUCCGCCUCAACAAGUUCCCCUACCAGACGGCGGUCGUCCCGCUUGUCCCGCCGGAGGCCGCGUCGCCGCCAUGCGGCGACCAAUCCUCCGCCACACUCACCCUCGCCGCUGGCUUCCACCUCUCCCGCGCUGACCUCGAGAAGCUAUCCGGGAAGUCCAUCUUCGCCGGAGGAAGGGCCCGGCUCAAGGUGGCCAUCUAUACUGGCCGGCGGGGCACUACCUGUGGGGUGAGCUCCGGCCGGCUUCUUGGCAAGGUGACGUUUCCGCUGGAUCUUAAAGGGGCGGAGGUAAAGGCGUGCGUGUUCCACAGCGGGUGGAUCUCCGUCGGAAAAGGGUCGAAAAGCUCGUCGGCGCAGCUCCACCUCACCGUUCGUGCCGUUCCCGACCCCCGCUUCGUCUUCGAGUUCGGUGGCGAGCCGGAGUGCAGUCCCCAGGUGUUCCAGGUCCAGGGAUCCAUGCGCCAGCCCGUCUUCACCUGCAAGUUUAGUUGCCGGAACCACGCCGACCGGAAUUUGGGAUCCAGAUCGGUGCCGAUGGAGCCGUGCAGCUCGAGAAACUGGCUGUCAUCGUUCGGAUCGGAGCGGGAGCGGCCGUUAAAGGAGCGGAAGGGGUGGUCGGUGACCGUCCACGACCUAUCCGGCUCGCCGGUGGCGCUCGCCUCCAUGGUGACCCCCUUCGUGGCGUCCCCGGGGACCGACCGGGUGAGCCGCUCGAACCCCGGCGCAUGGCUCGUGCUCCGGCCGGGUGGCGGCACCUGGAAGCCCUGGGGCCGCCUCGAGGCCUGGCGGGAGCGCGGCGGCGGCGCGAGCGACGGCAUAGGGUUCCGCUUCCAGCUCGUCCCGGACACCGCCAUGGGCGCCGGUGUCCCGCUCGCCGAGUCCACUGUCAGCACCGGCAAGGGCGGCAAGUUCACCAUCGACCUCACGGGCGCCGGGUGGUCGCCGCGGGGGAGCCCGAGGAGGAGCGCCGACUUCGGGGCCGGUCCGUGGCCGUUCUCCGGCUACCGGGGGUUCGUGAUGUCGUCCACGGUGGAUGGGGAGGGGAAGUGUAGCCGGCCGUCGGUGGAGGUCGGGGUCCAGCACGUCGGGUGCGCGGAGGACGCGGCGGCGUUCGUGGCGCUCGCGGCCGCCGUCGAUCUGAGCAUGGACGCCUGCCGGCUGUUUACGCAUAAGCUUCGCAAGGAGUUGAGCUCCCGGGACUUGUUCCGGUGAUUCUCGGCCGUCCAAUUCGUGUGCUAUGUGUUCGUUUUUUGAUGUUCUGAUGAUCGUAUUAACGGUUAAUUUUGCUAACUAAUUAGAGUGACUAGAGUUUUGUAGCAGUUCUUUAGUUUGUUUUCCUUGUUGCAAGUGUACAGAGAGGGAGAGAUUUUUUUCUCUCUUUUUGUGAGAGUUCUUUCAUCUUUGUUUGGGUGUGUGACUGUUUGGCUUGGCUGAUGUCGAUCAAGUCUUCUAGGUGGUUUUUUAUCAAAAAACUAGAAGAAGUUUAGAAGAGAGGACUAGAAUACGGUUUGCAUUUUGUAGUGGUGUGAUGCAGGCUUGUGUUUUGUUUUAAAUUUAAUGAUACCUCCUUUGUGUCAGAUACGCAAUGUGUAGAUUAAUGAGAACAGUGUUCUUUUGGUUUGCGUUGUA